AUGCAAUCCAUUGCUUCAGUUCUUCGCCAGGGGCGCCGGAGGCUGAGCUCCAAGUUUGCUGAGGCGGGCAGCAACUGGGGGCGCGGGCGGGGGGCGGGAGCCCCGACUCGGGUCGGGAGGGGGAGGAGCAGGCGCGCGGCCUCGCAGCUACCUGGCUCUCUCCAACGCGGCCGCACGCGGGGUGAGCUGGGGGCUCGGAAAGGACCCCAGCGCGGGAGGCCGGGGACCACACAGGUGAACCCCGCCCGCGGGCUCCCGCUCCACCGGGUCCCCUCAUCCCACGAUCCCACCCGCCAUCCCCUCCCCCUCGUUCCUCCACCCGGGCUCCGAUGCACUUUCCCAAAAGCCCGAGGGCGCCCUCGCUGCACCCUGAACCCAUUCUCCGCGCCCCACUUUCUCCAAGAGAAAAAAGGGGGGAGGGAGAGAGAAGCAUGCAGAUGCGGCGCAGAGCGGGUCGCAGGAGGGCAAGGUGAGGGCGCGGGGACUUACUCUGCCAAGCGCGGUGCCAAGCGCAGCGGCCGGGAAACCCAGGCCCGGUUCCCCGACGCCCGGAACCCCACGGGCCGACAGGUCAAAGUGCUCAGGGCCGAACGGCGUCGGGGACAGGGACAGCGACCGCACGGGCGCGCGGGUGGGGUCGGCUCAGCAGGCGCUCACACUGCGCUCGGGCCGCGGCUCUGCGCGGCUCGGCUCCGGGCUCCCCUCUGGCUCCUUGGCACCAACUCCGGGCAGUCACAUGACGCCGGCGCCGCUCGCUCUGCGAGCCUCCCCGGGGCUGGCGGGGGGAGGCCUGGGGCGGAGCAGCCCCGAGGGACUUUUCUUGGAAAGGUAGAGACCCCCGGAGGCGUGCAACUCUUGAAGGCCCCGCCUGCCCUUGGAGCGUUAAGGCAGUUGCGGCUCAUUCAGAGAGCCAGAAAACUUAGCAAACUUCGGGCAGAUCUCCCACCUCGGGCGAGAGCUCAAUCUGACCCGGGGCUUGCCCCGCGACCUUUCCCUUUCCUUUCACGAUGUUCGAAGGCUAGCAGCCUCAAGGCACUUUUCUGGCUGAACCAGACCCGUGCAGAGGACGAUUUUGCACAGCUUAGUGUUAGAACCUGAUGCCUUUGAGUUUCUUUUUAAACAGUAUUAAUGUAAUAAGGAACGCAAUAAAAAGAACAAAGGACAAA